AUCUUGUUCUGCUACCAAGCACGGGUCUAAUCUUAUGACCAACUAUAUGAAUACCUACUAACUACUACGCAAUCUACCAAAUUUCGGCUGAGAAAGGUUGUUGACUCUAGUGUAAUUUCGUUAGCUGUCGCAACAUCUUUUCUAUUUUCAGCUACCAAUGUUCACAGUAUAAUCUAGUUUACGUGUCCGGUUUCUUAAGGUAACACGCAUGGCUUAAACUUUAAACAACUGCUUUUUUUGGUGCUUGUUGGUCUGGUAAAGUCGAUCACUUUAGCCGCUAGCUAGACCAACAAAAGUUUUGUGCUUUCUCAUUGAGUAUCCCAAAACCAAUUACAUGUCACUUUUUGUCCUUUUUAAUUAAUAUACCGGUUUCAUUUUGUGAAAUCGAUACAAAAGCUUAGCCGGUGAAUUCAAAUAAUCUCGUGAUAGGUAUGGUAUGGGUAGGAAAAGAGUGGAUAUAACCAAAGCUGGUUCAUAUGAAAUCAGAUGUUGAAAGUUACACUUUUGUUCUUCUACAGAAAAUAAAGUUGGAUCUUUGUGUUCCUCAGCAGAAAAUAUCCAUUGGGUGUCAACAUUACAUUAGUAUUACACUCCGGUGGGUCUAUCUAUAUUUUUAUGUUGCAUAGCAUUCAAAAAAUAAUCGAUGUAAGCAUAGCAUUAAAAAUUAGUAAUCUACACAGAAUCAUUUUCUUAAAAUGAUGAGGCAAGCGAAGGACAAGAUUGUUAAAAUAAACUGAUGUCAUUUUCACACCAGUGAUUGUUUUUAAGAUCUGAUGAAGUGUAUACUUAUAUACUUGAGAAAAAUCUGACACAUCAAAGUACAAACCCAUGUUUAUUUGGAUUUCCAAAAUACAGUCAAACCAAAAUCUAUAUAGUUUACAUGAUUUAUUAGAUUCUCUUAUUAAUUCAUGUGCAUUUGUUUCUAUUUCAAAAGAAAUUAUAUAAUGUUAUUUGUAAUUUUCUUCUCACUCAUCGCUUGGUUAAGAGUUUUGAGUCUAAAAUGAGAGAAAGUCACCAACCCUCCUAACAUUCAACUUCAAUGCCUCAUUCCGAUUUAGUUUUCUCUUCCACUACCAAACUCGGUUCAUUUAAUGCAACAUUGCAAAUUAUGUGAAAAAACCAAAACAAAUUAAAAAAAAACAUUAAAAAAAAAAAAGAAAAGGAGGACACCAAAUCCAAAGAGUACAUUACAACUACAAAGUGUAAAUGGACUGGACUGAACAUCAUCAUUAAAGACAAACUCUUUACUUCCUCCUUAAAUCUUCUCCUUCACAUUCACUAACCAAAUCCUAACUAAACUAUAUGUUCAGAUUUAUUCCUUAAAAUUAAAAAACUAGAAUUAGCAAAUAAAACAAAAAAAAAUCCCCUGAAAAGUGAAACUUCGAUUUAUUUCAUUAAAAAACUUCCACCUUAAACCGAAGAUUUGUUUCUUUAAUUUGGUUUAUUAAUAACUAAACCAACAAAAUAAAAUACUACUCAAAUACACAUCAUCAUCUCUCUAGUGAGUGAAGAAGAGGGAGAGAGAGAGAGUUGUUAGCUAGCUCACACGCUUUCGCAUAAAACUCAAAAACCUGCACUUCCUCGUCUAUUUUCUCGGCAUUCGCGAAACAAGAAAAAACUGGGUCUCCGAUAAAAACUCUCUUCUCCCAUAGAGAGAGAGAAAGUUUCUUCCUUUACGAUGGAUUCUAGAGAACUCCACCACCAACACCAACAACAACUUCAGCAGCAGCAGCAGCUACAACCACCGCCUGGGAUGCUAAUGGGCUCCUUCAAUCGCAACCCCAACGCCUCGUUAAUGGGUCCCACCUCCACAUCUCAGGCGAUGAUGCACCACCACCACCGCAGCAGCAGCUUACCUUUCGGCUCUCUCUCGCCGCAUCACCUUCAGAUGGAUCAGAAGACGCUUGAAUCUCUCGGAUUCGAAGGAUCGCCUUCGACCCAUCAGCAGUCGAUGCGAUUCGGGAUCGAGCAGCAGCAGCAGGUGAAGAAGAAGCGAGGGAGGCCUAGGAAGUAUACUCCUGACGCCAACAACAUUGCUCUCGCUUUGGCUCCUACCUCUCCUCUUCCUUCUGCUUCUAAUUCCUACGGCGGUGGAAAUGACGGUGCCGGAGAUAGCGGUGGUUGUGGUGGUGCGAACUCUACCGAUCCGCCGGCUAAACGGAACAGAGGUCGUCCUCCUGGGUCUGGAGGAACAGGAGGAGUAGGGUUCACACCUCAUGUCAUUGAGGUCAAAACUGGAGAGGACAUAGCUAUGAAGGUGGUGGCGUUUACGCAUCAAGGACCACGUGCGAUCUGUAUUCUCUCAGCUACAGGAGCUGUAUCUAGUGUUAUGUUUCGUCAAUCUAGCAAUCCUAAUGGAGUUGUUAAGUAUGAGGGACCUUAUGAGAUCAUUUCUAUGUCAGGCUCUUUCUUGAAUACCGAGAGUAAUGGUACUGUGACCAAAACUGGUAGCUUGAGUGUAUCUCUUGCUAGACCUGAUGGUCAGGUUGUGGGUGGUUGUGUUGCUGGAAUGCUAGUAGCUGGAUCACAAGUUCAGGUGGUUGUUGGAAGCUUUGUACCAGAAGUGAAGAAACCGAAACAAAGCGCCGGGCGUGUUCAGAAUACUCCCGAGCCAGCUUCAGCUCCAGCUAAUAUGUUGAGCUUUGGUGGUGGUGGUGGACCAGGAAGCCCUCGGUCUCAGGGACAGCAGCAACAUUCGAGCGAGUCAUCAGAGGAAAACGAAAGUAACUCUCCGUUGCACCGUGGUAGCAACAACAAUAACAACAACAAUCAUCAUGGACUAUUUGGAAACUCUCCGCCGCAACCACUUCACCAAAUGCCUAUGCAGCAGAUGUACCAUCCUCACCUCUGGCCUGGCCACAAUCCUCAAUAAGCAGAGUUGGUUCAUUGCUAUGCUUCGUUUACACAUCUCUCCAUCAGAAUUAUCCACAAGUUAGAUUGAGCUUUCUUACUCUCUCUCCCAUCGUCUUCUUCUGCUUCCUACUUUCUCUUUACUUCAGCUUUUGGUUUUAGAUAAAUAGAGAGAGAGACAGAGAUGUUAAGUAGGUUUCAGUUCCAUCUUUUUUAGUUUGUUUCUUUUUAUUGUGAUGAUCAUCAAGACUCCUCCUGUUUCCUCAACCACUUAAAUUUUCAAAAAUCUGACUAAUUUCUCUACCAAA